AUGAAAUGGAUCUUCUUCUAUGUAAAGCCGGCAUUCAUCUUUGGUCGUUUAUAUCCGGGUCCAUACUGUGCACCAUCACUACUUAUUGGACUUAUCAAUAUGUUCAUGCUCAAGGCUAGAGACGUAAAAAUUCCAGUUCGAAGCAUUUUCAUCCCGGCGCGAAAGCCACGCCCUGACGCCACUCGAAACGCCCUCACCGCUCCACCGCAACUGGAUUUCCCAGCCGGCAGCCUCUAUAAGCAAACUUCUAGGCGGCGGAAUCUGUUUAGGGUUGGUGACAAAACGUGA